GCUUUAGGUGAAACUGAUUUCACAAUGGGGUCCAUCUCUGCAGCAAAUGCAGAAUUUUGUUUUGAUGUAUUCAAAGAGCUGAAAGUUCACCAUGUCAAUGACAACAUCUUCUAUUCCCCCCUGAGCAUCAUUUCAGCCCUUGCCAUGGUCUAUCUGGGAGCAAGAGGUAACACUCAGUCUCAGAUGGAGAAGGUUCUUCACUUUGAAAACAUUACAGCAGUUGGAGAUGCAGCCGACUCACAGGUAGAGAAACUUCAGUGUGGCACUUCUGAAUACAUCCACAAAUCAUUCAAGGACAUUCUUUCAGACAUCCCUGGGCCAAAUGCUACCUACUCACUCCAGAUUGCUGACAGAAUCUAUAUUGAAAAAACGUUCCCCAUCCUCCAGGAAUACUUAAAGUGCGCAAAGAGAUUCUACAGAGCAGGGCUGGAAGAAGUCAACUUCAAAACAGCCACAGAGGAAGCAAGACAGCUCAUUAAUUCCUGGGUGGAGAAAGAGACAAAUGGACAGAUCCAAGAUUUCCUCGUGUCAGGCUCUGUUGAUACCGAUACCGCACUGGCCCUUGUGAAUGCUGUUUACUUCAAAGGGAUUUGGAAGGCGGCGUUUAGAGAAGAACAAACUCAGGAAAUGUCCUUCAAUGUGACAGAGCAAGAAAGCAGGCCUGUCCAAAUGAUGUAUCAGAACGGUACCUUCAAAGUGGCAGUAGUGGCUGCAGAGAAACUGAAGAUCCUGGAGCUUCCGUAUGCCAGUGGGGAGCUGAGCAUGUUGGUGCUGUUGCCUGAUGAUGUCUCUGGCCUGGAGCAGCUUGAAAACAAAAUCAGCUUCGAAAAUCUCAUGGAGUGGACCAGUCCCAACGUGAUGGAAAAGAAGAGAGUGAAAGUGUACCUCCCACGCAUGAAGAUUGAGGAAAAAUAUAAUCUCACAUCUGUCUUGGAGGCCUUGGGGAUGACUGACCUGUUCAGCCCAUUGGCCAAUCUGUCUGGUAUCUCUUCAUCAGACAGCCUGAAGGUAUCUGAGGCCAUCCAUGGGGCAUAUGUGGAAGUCAAUGAAGAGGGCACCGAAAUGUCAGGCUCAGCAGGUGUAGUGGGAGAAAGCAAAGAUUUCUCUGAGUUUGAAGAGGUUAGGGCUGACCACCCAUUCCUUUUCUUGAUCAAACACAACCCAACCAACAACAUCCUCUUCUUUGGUAGAUACUGUUCUCCCUAA